CAAUCUAUCUUUCUGAUGCAGGGGGAUUGUGAUGUCAUCCUAUGACCAGCUUCUCCAUCAAGUGGAGUCUCUCAAGGCAGAGAAUUCACAUCUUAAGAUGGAGCUGAAAGACAACUCAAGCCAGCUCAACAAGCUGGACUCUGUUGUGGGGCAUCUCCAGUCCGGCAAGCCAGGCAUGGGGGAGGACGACCUCAGAGCUCAGAUCACCAUUCACGGUCUUGCCAUGACAACGGCUGCUGCCUCGGCAACAUCAUCGUCAGCGGCAACAUCAGGAGCAGGCCCAGCCUCUAGCUUCCAAGUAAACGGUGGUGCCAUGUUGCCUGGGAAACCUCACAGUUUACCAACAUCAUUAGGCACAAGUGGGACUGAUGGCAACUUAAGACAAACCAAAGAUCACUUCAUAAGGCAUCAAGAGCUUGAGAGAGACAGGUUUGUAUUUGUGUAUUUGUUUUUUAUCUGUAUUUGUGUGUUUCUGCUGUAUUAUCUAGUGCAUGUGUGAUACAUGUUCGAUCGUUCAUUGUAAGAUUUAUUCAUGUUCAUCCAGGUGUUUGAGUUCUACAUCAUUUUGGAAACAAUUUCAUCAAACACAAAUUAUAUUUCCUUCUUUCUUUAUUACAUACACUGUAUACUUUCUCAUUCCAUUGGUUGGUACUCUUUUUAUCAUGAAAUUAUCCUUUGAUAAAAACAAUCAUUUUGCUGUCCCUAUGUAUUUUUUUUUCGAAAAAAUUAUGAUUCUCUCUUAAAUCCUCAAAAUCUACAUCAACAAACGCCCUCCCCCUCUCACUCUCCCUCUCUGUUUUCUGCCCCUUCUCUCUCCCCACUCUCUCAAUCUCUCUCUACCCCUCUCCAUCUCCAUCUCUCCCCUCAAUGACAGUACCCCAUCUGACAGGUCAUCAUCAUAUCCCAUCCUCACCCACAAUACCAGUGUCACCAGGGAUAAUAAUCCACUUUGUAGUCCAGCUGGUUCAACAAGCCACCAAUAUUAUUUCCUUCUACCCCAUUCAUCCUAAUCAUCCCAUACAUCCCAUGCAUUUCAAUCAGAAUCAUAAAGUCUGGGAAAUGCGUUUUAAUUGAUUCAAAGUCAUGCAGCUGGAGUUUGAAGUUCUUCUCAAUCCUUGUAUAUGGCCGGAGUACGCUGAGGUUUUGGAUCUAGCUUCAUCAUAAUUCAUCCUUCAGAAUCUGUUGGCUUUCUGCCUCGAGGAAUGUCUUUCACUGUCAUUGACGACGAGUAAUAGAAAUCACAUUAUUGUGCUGCGGAAUGAGCCUGAAAUAAUUUACUGGUCGAUUGAUAGGAAGAGAUAGUGAUAGAUGUAGAUAUUCAUGUAGAUGGAGAAGAGAGGGAGAAAACGAGAGAACGCGAGAGAGAGAGGGAGAGAGGGGGUAGAGGGAGUGAAGGAGAGGGGAAGAAAGUUGAAGAGGAGGAUAGAUGAUGAGAAAGACAGAGUGAAAGAGAGAGAGAAAGAGAGUGGUGAGAUGAUUUUAUGUUGGAAACAGGAAUAACGAAAGGUUGAAAUAGAUUAAUUUGUUCUUGUAAAACCAUCAAGAUUCACAGAUCUACAUAAUAUAUGCUAAGCGUAUUACUAAAAACAUUACAUGCUUUAUUCAAUUACAAGUUUAAUUUGUUUCAAUUAAUACAAAAUCCCUAUUCUGUAGCUCCUAAUGAUUUGUUUAAUCGCUUAGAUUAAAACCAUAAAGCUAUGACGCAGUAGCCAUAGAGAGAGAGAGAGACCCUGAUUAAUAUGGCAUCUGUUUUCCGUCGUCAUUAGCCGAUGACUCAUACAAGACUUCAUUAGCGAGCU